CAGACGUGCUGCCUUAAAAGCUGUAACACUCACCGCGAAGGUCUGCAGCUUCACUUCUGAGCCAGCAAGACCACGAACCCACCAGAAAAAAGAAACUACGAACACAUCCGAACAUCAGAAGGAACAAACUCCAGACGCGCCACCUUAAGAGCUGUAACACUCACCGGGAAGGUCCGCAGCUUUAUUCUUGAAGUCAGUGAGACCAAGAACCCACAAAUUCCGGACACAUUAUGAUUUUUAUUUAAUAUUAAUAUUGCUGUCCAGUCCUCCCAGUAAGAUGUCCUUGGAGAAGAUGAAAGAGCUUCAGCUGGAGGAAAAAUUUCUACACCCAGAAACUAGAGAAGUGAAUGGAAUCCUCAUGGACAAAAUGAUUAGUGAUAAUUGGGUCAAAAUCUGGAAUUUCCAAGCAAAACCUGAUGAUCUCCUCAUUGCAACCUAUGCAAAGGCACGCACAACCUGGACACAGGAGAUUGUGGACAUGAACCAAAAUGAUGGGGAUGUGCAGAAGUGCCAGAGGGCCAACACAUUUGACCGCCAUCCUUUCAUCGAGUGGGCGCUGCCCCCACCUCUCAACUCAGGUCUGGAUCUGGCAAACAAAAUGCCUUCUCCUAGAACUCUGAAGACUCAUCUGCCUGUUCAGAUGCUACCACCUUCCUUCUGGAAAGAAAAUUCAAAAAUUAUCUAUGUGGCUAGAAAUGCCAAGGACUGUCUGGUCUCCUACUAUCAUUUCUCAAGAAUGAAUAAAAUGUUGCCUGACCCUGGUACAUGGGAGGAAUAUGUUGAGACAUUCAAAGCUGGAAAAGUGCUGUGGGGUUCCUGGUAUGACCACGUAAAGGGAUGGUGGGAUGCAAAAGACCAGCACCGCAUUCUUUAUCUCUUCUACGAGGACAUGAAGGAUGACCCAAAGCGGGAAAUUUAGAAGAUACUGAAGUUCCUAGAAAAAGACAUAUCAGAGGAAAUUCUGAAUAAAAUCGUCUAUCACACCUCCUUUGAUGUAAUGAAGCAAAACCCAAUGGCCAACUAUGCCACUUUUCCCACCAGCAUUAUGGACCACUCCAUCUCCCCUUUUAUGAGGAAAGGGAUGCCUGGAGACUGGAAGAACUAUUUUACUGUGGCCCAAAAUGAAGAAUUUGACAAGGACUACCAGAAGAAGAUGGCAGGAAGCACCCUAACCUUCCACACAGAGAUCUGA